CCUUGUUCCCCAUUGGCGCAUCCUGCGGGCUGCUUACUCAACCCCUCCAAUGGAAUCCUGCACUCUCAUCAACCAGCCGCCUACAUCAACUCCAUCGUUUUCGAGGGUCGUCCAUAGUGAGACAAAGAGGCUUAAACACGAUGGCGCCGAUCUCAACAGAGCCAGAGGAGUUUGAGUAUAUUGUUAUUGGAGGCGGAAGUGGUGGUUCGGGGACCGCAAGAAGAGCGGCUGGUUGGUAUGGCAAGAAGACGUUGCUGAUUGAGAAUGGUAUUAGUGGGGGGUGUUGCGUUAAUGUUGGCUGCGUCCCCAAGAAAAUAACGUGGAACUUCGCCUCCAUGGCCGAAGCCCUGCGCGACUCAACACACUAUGGCUUCGCCACUCCGGCCAACAUCCCCUUCGAUUUUGCCUCCUUCAAAGCCAAGCGCGACGCUAAUAUCCUCUCUUUAAAUCGAGCCUAUGAAUCCAACUGGUCGCGAGAAGGAAUCACGCUCGUGCAUGGAACCGCCCAAUUCGUCUCCCCAAAAACCCUUUCCGUCUCCCUCGAAGAUGGGAGUGGGGAGAAGACGUUUAAAGCGGAACAUAUUUGUAUUGCUACGGGCGGAUACCCGAUUGUUCCUGGGAUUGAAGGGGCGGAGUUGGGGAUCACGAAUGAGGGCUUCUUUGCACUGGAGAAACUGCCGAAGAAGAUUGCGAUUGUGGGAGCGGGGUAUAUUGCUGUUGAGAUGGCGGGGAUGCUGAAUGCUAUCGGCGUUGAAGUUCAUAUGUUUAUCCGAGGAGACAAGUUUCUAAGGUCUUUCGACCCGACGAUUUCCGAGACGAUGACUGCGAGGUAUGAGAGUGUCGGGGUUAAGAUUCAUAGAGGGUAUAAGGAGUUUGAGAGGGUUGAGAAGGUUAGUGUGGAGGGAGGGGAGAAGGUGUUGAGGUUGGUAAUGAACGGUGGGGAAAGCAUGGAGGUUAAUGAGUUGCUUUGGGCUGUGGGACGGAGUCCUGAGAUUGCGAGUUUGGAGCUUGAGAUGGUAGGGGUCAAGACAGAUGGGAAGGGGUAUGUGGUUGUAGACAAGUUUCAGAAUACCAGUGUGGAGGGCAUUUAUGCUUUGGGGGAUGUGACGGGACAGUUGGAGUUGACUCCUGUUGCAAUAGCAGCAGGCCGUCACCUCUCUAACCGCCUCUUCGGCCCCCCACACCUCUCACACUCCUACCUCCCCUACGAAAAUAUCCCAACCGUCGUCUUCGCCCAUCCAGAAGUCGGAACCAUUGGACUCACCGAACCCCAGGCCAUCUCCAAAUUCGGCACCUCCAACAUCAAAGUCUAUCAUACAAAAUUCACGAACAUGUUUUAUGUUCCGUUUCCAGAAGAGGAGAAGAAGAGGAACCCGACGGAGUUUAAGAUUGUGUGUGAGGGGACGGAGGAGAGGGUCGUGGGUCUGCAUUUGAUUGGACUGGGUGUGGGUGAGAUGUUGCAGGGUUUUGCGGUUGCAAUUAAGAUGGGGGCGACGAAGAAUGAUUUCGAUGCUACUGUGGCGAUUCAUCCGACGAGUGCGGAAGAGGUUGUGACGAUGAGGUAGGAUGGAGAUGCUGCCUGUGAGGAUGUGUGGGCGAUGGACGAAUAAUGAGUGCACCCUAAGAAAUAUUGUCUGG